AUGAAUAAAAUUAAGAUUAAGAUGAAAAGAUCGGAACAUUCUCAACAACAAUCAAUGGAUUCAGAAUCAUCGGCAAAAAAAGCAGGCGAAAAAGUUAAAAAUAAGCUUAGACGAAUUUUAAGAAAAAUCAUAGAGAUCGUUCCAUACAGACCCAAUACCGAGUCCAAAACGGUCUAUGUGAUAAAGUUAAUGUUUAUGUGUGGGCUAUAUGCUGUUUGUCUAUGCUACAUCGUGCUUUUAGCAUUUGAUAUUAAAAACGAGAAUCCACACCUUGAGACUUAUAAAGAUUUAUUGCCAAGAAUUCCUGCGCCAUAUUUGCACUUUUCUGCUCCGUUCGAUUUUACGCUAAGAUGCAAUUUUGUUGGAUCAGAUACCCAAAUAGCAAACGUAAAUACCCCAUGUCAAAAUUACUUUAACGAUCCUAAUAACUUGACUGCAAUAAAACCAACAAAUCGAGCCUCAUGGAACCCGGCUAAACUUUCGGUUGAUUCGAAUGUUCAAUUGGGUCCUGAUGGAAUUUUUGGGUUAACAGUGGAAGUUUUUCGAAGCAGAAAUUCAAAUACCACCUUAAAAAAUCAAACCAAUUCUAUUUGGAAUACUAAUAUGUGGUUCAAAAUUAAUGAUUCGGAGUUUUACAAAGCGAACUUCUCUCAAGAAGACCCUGAUUCUAUUGAUGCGAUAGAGGAAACAUUUAAACUAGAAAAUGUGCAUUUUGUUUCUCCGGGUCAGAAACAUAUCGUACGGUUUAAAAGAUUACAAAACAAAGAUCUUAACAAACAUAGAGUUCGUAAUCGAGCUGGUAUCUUCACAAAAACGAACGACUAUUUUGUUCUUUCAUCUUAUAUGGAGGUUGUUAGCCCAGAAAAUACGACUAACUUGGAUCCGUAUGCGACCAUAGAAUUCUAUUAUCAGACGCGAGUAAUAAUAGUAAACGAAGAGAUAAAAGAUAAAACAGUUAUUGGCUUAUUAAGUUCUCUUGGCGGUGCAUUUAGUUUAGGAGUAGCAAUCUAUGCAUUUUGCUUUGGCGCGUCACAAAUCUCUCCCUUCGGAUGGGCCCAAGAAUUGCCUUUCAUCAGAGGACAAAUGAAAAGAAGAUUACGGGAAACGUUCCAUAAAAUCGAAGUUUUACCGUUAAUUGACAAGAUCGAGAUUGAUGAACUCAAAGAAAUUGAAAGUAAAUUGAAAUCCGGCACGUUUACAAGCACAAUCAACGACGACGACGAUAUCCAACCAGCAUCAAUCAGUGUUGAUUUCAUUAAUAAAUUGAUAAACCACAUUAAUUUGUUGGAGAGAAGAUCUCUUGCUACAGAGAUUUUAUUUCGAGACUUUGUUGUUGACGUUGGUGAUUUUAAGGAUCUUGUAGUUAUCAACCGACAGCAGCAGGAAGGGUUACAACAACAACAUCAACAGACAGAAGUAAACACCGUGUAA